CCAUCACUUUUGUCCGUAAACUAUCAACAAAAGUUCCAAUUCCACCCAGCUCUACUGUUGAAAAGUAUUGGGACGAUGUAAUGUUGAACUCAAACUAUCCUGACUAUUAUACACUCGGAUAUCGAGAUGAACCCCAUUCCAGCACGAAUGAUGAUGAAUUGAUGAAUGUUCAAAACAAUGAAAAAGGUGUUCGAAAACUAGUAGCUGGGGUUGUCAAGGCAAAACGAGAGGAUGGAGAUAUCUGGCCAUCGUUACUGACUCGUCAACUCUGCGAGUUUUAUGAAAAUCAAGAUCUGACUGGACGAUCUAAAUUUUUGCAUAUACUGGCCAAGGAUUUCUGUAUUGAUUUGCAGGAAACGGCAUCUGCUGUACAGCAGUUUGAAGAAUCGCUAUGCAUGACAGAUCGUACAGUUUUACGGUCAUCAGCAAGACUACGAGAAGCAUUGAUACCUGCUUACGAUACUCUGCACUUGGCGACUCUCUUAAAAACCGACUACAGGAGUGGUUUGGCAUGGGAUUCCUUGAUUUGGAACGCAUUACUUGGCACACACCGGCAAGCAUACUUGAAAAGAUCAUUUCCUAUGAAGCUGUGCAUGCUAUUGGGUCGUGGGAUGGUCUUAAACAGCGACUUGGUCCUGGUCGUCUUUGCUACUGCUUCUUCCAUCGUGGUAUUCCACAGGAACCACUUACAUUUGUGCAGGUAGCACUUGUCAAUGAAGUAUCGACUCGGAUUCAAAAUAUACUGACAGAUCCACAUCCCGACACCAAGGAUCCCACAGUUGCCAUAUUUUAUUCUAUUACAUCAUCUCAACGUGGACUAGGAAGUUUGGAUGUUAAAAUGAUAUCUGAGGAUACUCGAUGGCUUGAUGAUCCAGACUUGUCACGUCACUAUCAACCCAUCAUUGAACGGUUGUGCUCUCAAUAUUUAAUUCUGGAAAGCAAGCGAUCGUUUGCGCUAGAUCCAGUUGGAAACUUUCAUCUUCGAAAUGGAGCAGCUAUUCAUCAAUUAAACUGGAGAGCAGACACUUCAGAUAAAGGCACUAAGCAGUCAUUUGGCAUGAUGGUCAAUUAUAUCUAUAACCUGGAUGAUGUUGAAGCAAAUAAUCAGCAGUAUUUACUUGAUGGGAUCAUUGCUGUAUCAAAUAACCCAGUUCAGCCUGCACUUGAAUGGGCAUUUUCCAAAAUGCGGAAACGCCAUACAGAUUGA